AUGAAGAAGGGAGAGAAAAAAAAAAAGAAAUCUUUAAAUAAAGGAAAGGAAAAAGAACACGAUAAAAAGGUUAUAGAAAAAAAUAAUAAAAGUAAGGAUAAAGAAAAGUAUAAAAAUAAAGAUAGAGAGAAAUAUAAAAAUAAAGAUGAGAAAAAUCAAGAUAAAGGAAGAGGAAACAACAACAAAACUAAUAACAGCAAUAAUAAUAAUAACAAUAAUAAUAAUAAUAAUAAUAAUGAUAUAUUUAAUCCUCAAUUAAGUGCUAGGGAACUAAAGAAAAUACAAUACUAUGAAAAUAUGUUUAAACGUAUGGAACAACAAAUAGAAGAAAAUAAUAAUGAUUCACAUGUAAAUAAUAAUAAUAAUAAUAAUAAUGAGAAGAAAAAAAAAUUAAGCCAAUUAAAAAGAAAUAGUAAGAAAGAACAAGGAGAUUAUGAAGAAAAGAAAAAUUGUGACAAUGAAUAUAACAAGAAAGGAAUGCAAGAAAUUGAUCAUAGCAAUGUGAAUGAGAGAAAUAUGAAGGAUAGCCAUAUGAAUGAUAUCCAUAUGAAUGAUAACCAUAUGGAUGAUAGUAAUAUGAAUGAUAGUAAUUAUAAAAGUAUUAAAAAGGAUGAAGACUCAUAUAAUAAAAGUAUUUCAUCUAACUCGAAUGUAAAAUCCAUAGAAAAAAUAGAAAAUAAUAUUAUGUGUAGUGACAAAAAUAUAAAUGAGAAAAUGAGUGAAGAAGAUAAUAAAAAUUAUAAUGACGAGGAAAAAAAUGUCCAUGGUCUAAGUGAUCUAGAAAAUGUAGACAAAGAAGAUGAAUUAUCACUUGAGGAUUGUAAAGAUAUAUUCAUUAAGAAUAUAAUUUAUGAGAAGGAAAAUAUAUUAAAUGAACAAGAUGAUAUGAUGAAAAAAGAAAUAAGUUGUUAUGGUUUUGAUAGGAAUGUAUUUAAUAAUAAUGAUAUAAAACAUAUAAAUAAAAUAAAAGAAGAAAAAUUUACAAAUAAGAAUAUAUAUAAAAUAUUAUAUAAUGAUAAUAAAAAGAAGGAUACAUGUAAAUAUGAUUAUAAUUUUUAUAAUAAUAAAUAUAUUGAAUUAAAGAAAGGUCAUAAAAAAUAUGGGUUAAUAAAUCAAAGGCAUAUAAUUAAUUAUGAAAGAGGAUAUAGUUCAGACAAUGAAAUAAAUUAUGAUAAUAUAAAUAAUAUAAUAUAUAAAAUAUAUAACAAUAAUAAUAAUAAUAAUAAAAUGUAUACACAACAUGAUAGUAACAAUAAUAAGAAUAAUAUCUAUAAUAAUUAUUGGAAUAAUAAAAAAAAUAGUAAAAACUUUCUACAUUUAAAAAGAAGUUUUUCUGUAAGUUCAAAUAUUGCAGAUUAUUUUUAUGAUACAAAUAUAAUGCAUCUAAAAAAUAAUUGUGAAUCAAGUCAUAGUUCAUCAAGUAGUAUGGAUGAUAUGAGAUAUGAUAAAAAUAUUUUUGAGUAUAAAAAAAUGGAUAUAAUUAAAUAUUUUAUUAAUGAUAAUAUAUAUAAAAAUUCUAUAGUACAAGAAAAUAAUAUAAAUAAUAAUAUAAUAAGACAUAUUAAUGAGUUAAGAAAUGAUAAUGAUAAGAAUUAUAAAAAUAUUUAUUUGAACGAAUUAAAUAAUUUGAAAUAUAUGAAAAAUGAUGAUAUAUAUUCAACAAAAAAUUAUAUAAACAAAACAAAUGAAUUAUUAAAAUUAUAUUCGAAUGAUAAAUUAAAUGUUCUACAAUAUUAUAAUGAAAAUUUUAAAGAAACAAAAAUUAACGAAAAUGAUUUUAGUGAAUAUGCUCAAAAAUCUUCUAUUGAUGAAGUUCAUAAUAUACGUUAUGAAUCUAAAAUGUAUAAUGUAAACUUUUGUAUUAAAAAAUAUUUAAGUAAUAUGAAAUAUGUAAACUUGAAAAAAUUAAAAACAAUAAAUAAAAAAAAUUGUAAGCUAUAUGUAAAGGGAUGUACACACUUUUUAAAUUUAAACAAAUUUAAUGAUGCCAUGUCUUGUCUUAGUAAAUUACAAAAUAUCAAAGGGAAAAAGAAAAAAAAAAAGGAAAAGCAAAAAAAAAAAAAAAAAAACGUAACAAUGUGA